AUGUCUAGCACGAUUGAAGAUAAUGAGUUACCUAAAGCCAAUGUCACUCGAGUUUUAAAGACUGCUCUUCCUCCUGGAACAGCUUUACAAAAGGAUGCCAAAUUGGCAGUGAGUAAAGCCGCUACUGUAUUUAUUAAUUAUUUAUCCUCAGUUGCCAAUGAUGUAGCCAAGGGAGCUAACCACAAAACUAUCAGUGCACCCGAUGUAUUUAAAGCUUUAGAAAUUGUCGAGCUGGAGCAUUUGGCACCUCAAUUGAGAGAAUCCUUGACAGCUUACCAACAGAACAUGGUAGAAAAGAAACAAAGAAAGAAGGAAAAGGAUGAAUCAAAAGCAAAGGAUGAUGGCGAAGAAGAAGAGGACGAGGAUGAGAUGAAUGAAGCAACAACGGGUGAGGAAUCUUCUAGAGGUCAAAAGCGUACACUUGAAGACGAAGAAGAGGACGAUCCCAUGACAAUUGACAAUAAGAAGCCAAAGCUUGACGAUGAGGAAGAACAAGAAGAGGAUGAAGUAGAACUCACGCAGGACGAAUAA